ACAAUUUGGAAGGCUUACCAGUUGGGUAUUCAUUCAAGUGCAAGCUGUGCUCUCUGUACUCCUACUAUUGUGUAGCGGUUAUUAUAUACUUUUGGCGUUAUGUGUACCGAAAAAUCGGGAAAACAAAAAGUGUAAAUAAAGAUCUACAUUUUUAUAGUGAAGUUUUUAUAUAAGAAGUACAUAAUUAAAGAAUUGUUCCAAAUAUUUUGCUUACCUUGGCUAUUUUUUAUAAAUGUAAUGAGAAAAAAGCAAAAAAUUGUUUCGGCCCUCGAAUAAGCUUUAUAUGCAAAUAGAAUGUGUUUAUCUGCAUUUUACAAGAAGAAAUAAAGAAAUUAUUCCAUGAGCUCAACUACAUCAUUUUUGGACUAUUUUUAUUAAAAAAGAAAUCUCGCCGCCGAAUUCUUUAGUUCAAUCCUCGAAACAUUAGCAGUUUGGAACCUUGCAUUAUUGAAGUGGCCCGGAAAACUCGCUUUGCUCAAAAGCGGACACAAAUGCAUAAGUACGUCAGUAGUUUAGUAGCAGUACAAAGCACACGUUGAGUUGAGUGCCGCAUCAAGAGAGCGGCACCAUCAAGCGCACAACAUUAUCACCUAGCGAGAGACAUAUAAAAAAUUGGAAUAUGUGGCGGAUGCCGAAAUCGGUUUUAACGUUAUCAAGCAUAGCGACGACGACUCUGCUGUUGGUUUUGUUCAGCUUCAGCUGCCUGGAAUGUGUACGGGCGGAGCGUGAUUUCAACUUUAACGACUCCCAGGUACCCCUGCUUGAACCUCGGGAUGAGCCAGCACACAUUAACUACGGUGAUGAUCCAUAUUCCGUGGAGUUGUCAAACUGUCGCUUGGAAAAAAAUGAACUUGUGCUCUCCUUAGUGUUGAAAUCUCACGAUUGGACCAAUUUUAGCGAUAAUAAAAAGGACAAAGUCCUAGAGAAGCUAUCGAAGUUUUUUGCUAUACCGAAGGAAUUUAUCGUUAUAGACUCUGCAACGAAACGUGAUUUUAAUGAAAUGCAGAAGGAAUCUCUACGCAGAGGCUAUUUUAAGUGCCAUAAUAGCAGUAGUCAUAGUCUGGGGCGCGUUAGUUUUGUGCUUGGCUGUGGAUCUAAAUACUUUACAAUGAGUGAACCAAUUAAGAUGCAAAUUGGCGCUCAAAUGAAAGAUGGUUCAAUUGAUAACAUAACUGGUGAAAAGUUUGGUUGGUGGGUUAUCUGGCGGAAGCACUACAAACAGAAAGCGCUACGCGUACGCCGCCAAACCGAAGGAUCUGGUGCAGAAGAUGUCGACGAUGACUAUGAUUACGAAUACGGCGAUGAUGAUGAAGAUGUUGUAGAAAACGUAACAGAUGUACCGGUUACUACACAUGCUCAUCGUCAUCAUCAUGGCGUAGAUCAGUCGAAUAUUGAGGAUUAUAAGAUGGAGAUUACUUCAGUAUCUUCAUCAUCAACGUUAAGUAAUAAGAUUGUCGAUCCGGUAAUCGAUGCCGAAGUCAGAGGUGAAGAAGGUAUACUUGCGGCUGUAUCAGCUGCGUCAUCCAGCCCAAAACAGACUUCUUUAAUUAGUAACUCGAACUUAUUGCCCACGAAUAAAGCAGGCAAUAUUGACAAGGAAAUUGUUGAGAGUGUCUCGCAGUUGGAAUCAGUUAUUACUAAAACUAUUGAAAAUACGAAAAACAUUAAAGAAAUUCCUGUUAUUGAGGAAGACGAUGUUCCUGUCGUUGUUGAAAUAGAAAAGGAACUUGACCUAUCUAAUGCAAUUGAAGAGCUCAAUAGAGAAAAAGCAGAAAAAACGAAUUUAAAAGAAAAUGAUCAAGUCAAUCCGAUUGUUGCCAACGAACCAGUAAAGCUUACAAAUUCCACAACAGAAACCUCGUCACAUUCACUAAAUGAAUAUGUUGCAGUUGAGAAUAAUACAUACGAAACUUCCUCAGAUGUCAAUGUUGAUACAAGUACCGCCGGUAGCUAUAAAUUGAAAGAAUUUGUAAAUAUGAAUGCAUCAACCUCACCAUCGCCCGAGGUAGAAGUAGUGACCUUAUUGCCGGUAUCUAUUUCACUAGAGCCCGGCAUUUCUACUGCUAACUCAUUCGCCAUUGAGGUGGGAAAGCUCGAGACAACUUCUUUGUUGCCAUCAACGUUAUAUACGCUUUCAAUGAAUGCAGCGAUUACAGUUUCAACAACUCCUACACCCAUCCAAUUGACCAAUGCUGUCACCACUUCAUUAUAUUCAUCACCGGCAACUGUUUCAUCCUCUUCUUCGUCUUACUCAUCAAUGUCCGUUUCACCUUCCACCACAUCGUCUGAUUCGUCUUUCGUGCCUCCAUUCAUAUCGUCAACAGUCACAACUUCAUUGGCAACAACAACAUCAUCCAUACAGACACCAAUGUUAACCAAGCUGCCACAUACGCAACAUGAAAUAAAUCAGCUGGAAAUUGAUGAAAACCAAUCAGCAAAUGCAUUCGAAAAUUUUAUAUUUACUCCGAUAACACCAAUAAAUGAAGGAAAAUCGGAAACUAAAAUCGACGCUAAAAGCGACUCUGAUGCCGCACCGAAUGUGUUAUUAAUGCUCACAACGCAAAAAUUGCCAACUGCAGAUUCAGUUAAUGCGCCUGGAGAGCGGAGAGGGAAUUAUGUUGACGGAUACGACGUAGACACUGUAACUGUUGUCCCCUCUGUCUCAACGACGACGGAGACUUUUAUCACAUUUCCAGUUGACAGAGCUGUCAAAAAGGAUGAUAAUGAAACGGAUGUUACAGCUUCUGUAAAUGGUUCAAGUCAAACGCCCUUCAUCACACCUCAAGUAAAGGAUGUUAAUAGUUCCUCUCCAACAACGGCUUUAAAUUCACCAACAACUUCGGCUUAUGCCACAACACCCACUACCUUAAGUAGUGAGACUAACGUACCAACCGUGACAUCCACCGAUUACGUUGAACCUAAAGUAGAAAAUACGCCGCCAAUGAUACGUACACGACUUCAAAAAUUCGCUGUUACUUCUGGUAAAGCCUUUACGUAUUCAGUGCCAGCAGAUACAUUCUACGACACGGAAGAUCUAACGAAUCUGAGAUUAGAUUUAACAGACAAGGACGGACGUGAAUUGAAGGCAUCAUCUUGGCUACAGUUUAAUCCCGAAACGCACGUGCUUUAUGGGCUACCUUUAGACGAUUCGGUCUCGAAAUGGCAGUACCGACUUUCGGCAACGGAUUCCGGGAAUGAAUCGGUAACAGAGACCCUUGAAAUAUCUGUGCAGCAGCAUCGCGGUGUUCGCACCGUCAACCAUGAGAUAAGCAUCACUGUUAGGAUCAACGAAAAAAAUAUGCACAACAUUGACUGGCAACUGAAAUUAAUGCGAGAUGUAGCACUUACGUUGGGAGAUGAAAACACUAGCUGGAUAGUUGUACGGGAGAUCCGGGCAAUGCCACAAGACCCCAAUACAGCCACAUUUGUGUAUUUCAAUGAGACUUUUCCCACCAGCGAGUGCCCAGAGGGAGGACUUAAUAAACUUGUCAAAAGUUUAGAUGCUAGUCGUCUAAGCGACUUGAUUUAUCCAACGUUGAGUGUAAAAUCCAUAACUGGACAGCUGAUUGGUGCUUGCCAAAAGUCGCAUAUCACUAAACCGAAACCCACGACUCAUAUGGCAACAAAUGUGCCACCGCUUCCUCGCAACCAAGUGGAUCGUGUAAAUGCUACAGUUGGUCAUUUGCUUGUUUUCAAAGUACCUAGUGAUACAUUCUACGAUCCGAACGAUAACGAGCAAUUGUCUUUAACAUUAAAAACUAAGGAUCAUAAGGAACUGAAUCCACGUCAUUGGUUACAAUUCGAUUCGAAAAAUCAGGAGUUCUAUGGCAUACCAAAAAGUGGUGAUACUGGUUCAGAAGAAUAUCUGUUGGUAGCUCAAGAUGCUGGUGGUCUGAGCGCCACUGACGCAUUAGUUGUGGUGGUAAAUCAUGCUCCCAAAAAAGAGUUUAGCGUUUACUUUAAAGCCUACUUGGCUAUUCGGCAUGAACAAUUCAAUGCUGACCUUCAGCGGAAAUUCGUAGAGCGUAUCGCACAACUUUUCGGUGACUCUUCUACCCAGUAUGUGCAAAUAAGGUCUGUGACGACACAUCACGAUUCGGAUAGUACAAUUGUUAAUUUCUAUAACACAAGCUUGUACAAAUCACACAAUCGAUGUCCAGAGGAGGAGAUUGAAGCUGUUCGAAGCGUGUACUUAAUAAAAGACCACAUGGUACGCGAUCAUGUUAAGAAAAUUUUGGGACCAGAAUUAAACCUGACGAAUGUUCAAGCUUUGCCCCUGGGAUUAUGUCACCCUCAAACUGAUAUCAUACAUCGGGACUAUGCACCUGUCAAACCCGAUCAACCAACUCUCAAGUCCAGCUUUAGUGACGAAUAUAUGUACACUAUAAUAUUGCCGGCUAUAAUUAUAGUCACCAUGAUAUUAAUUGCUUUAAUGGUUGCAUGUUGUUUACAUCGCCGCCGCCGUAAGAGCGGUAAAAUGGAACUUGGAGAUGAGGAAGAACGCAGGUCCUUCCGUAAAAAGAAUAUACCUGUUAUUUUCCAAGAUGAACUAGACGAAAAACCUGAAAUCGGCAAUAAGAGCCCGAUUAUAUUGAAGGACGAGAAGCCACCGUUAUUGCCGCCUUCUUACAAUACGUCCAACAUGAAUGGUGAUAAUGAUGUCGAUGAAUAUGUGCCACCGCCAGCUGUUGUAGUGGGAGGUCGCGAAGCACGAGGAAAAUCACCUGCCACGCCUUCUUAUAGAAAACCACCACCAUAUGUUUCACCAUAAAUGAGCGAAAUUUGUGUUAAAGCUUGGAGAGCAAGGAUUUUGGUGAAAAUUUUAACUUCAGUACUGCUGCUAAGCUUGAAAUAAAUUGAAACUUUACUACUUAAUCCCCUACAUAUACGUUUUAAAGUUAUAAAGUUAUGCAUAAAUAAUAUAAGUGAUAGAGCAAAGCUACGAACGAUAAGUAGUAAAAACGAGCAACUAUUUUCACGAUAAGUAUAUCGUGGGAUGUAAGGAAGGUAUGAUGGGAAUGAGCGCCGUCGGAACCUAUGAAAAAAUUUAUUGUAAUUACUAAGCAAUCAAUUUAUGUGCAACAUUUGCUCUCAACAAAACUGUAAAAACCACGAAAAGAAAUAUUAAUUGCUUCAAAAGUUACAGAUCUUCUUUUAUAUAUUUUUGGGCUCGAAGAUUUGAUCUUAUUUUUAUGGCGCUUGUAAAUAACAACAGAUCAUUAAUUAAUUUAUCAAAAUAAGCGAGUGAAAUUAUUAAUUUAAGUUCCUCUUCAUCUACAUUGAAUCUAUUUGUUGAGUGCUUCUGGUGCUUCCGAUAGUUCAGUUUAAGAUAUCACAUUCAAAAUGGAAUAUAAUGACGUUGAGAAAUAAUGUUGUCAUGUAAUCAAAAUGAAAACUUGUCACAAUCAUAUUAACACGCAUGUGUGUUACUUAAUAUUUUUCAAUUGUAUAACACAUAUACACGAAAAACUAAUCUAAGAAUUAAACGUCAAUCUGAUCGCGAGAAGAUAAAAUAUUAUUAUUUACGCCUGUAGUCCGUAAAAUGUAGUGACUAAUACAACUUAUAACUAAGUUCGAUUUUUAUACGUAGCUGUAAAUGAAUACAAAAAAAAAGAAAGGAAGAAAAAAAAACUAUCAGGCCAAUUUGAAAAUUUUUUAACUGUUGUAUCGAGUUAUGAAAUUAUUUCAAAAGAUAUUUUUUACAGUUACAAAAUGCCUACAAGAACCAUGUUUUACUACUUAAUAGCAAAAUAAUUCGCUUAUGGGAAAAGUUUUAUACAUACAUGAUGUUACUUUAAGUACAUACAUUUUACAAACACUAGCUACACACUUAAAUGAUUAUGUAUUAUUAAAAGUCAGCUAAUUUACUUCAAUAUUUUCGUUAUACAUUGCUUGGUAACAAUUUUUUUCGAGCUAUGCAUUUUUCUAAGUAAUUGACCCGAUACAAUCUUUAGAUUGAAUUUUUGUUCAAUUUGAAUUUGAAUAUUAUACUGCCUAUGCAUUGGCCCACAGCUGAGUUGUGGUUCGAUUGGAAAUAAAAAGAAUAAUAAGAAAAUACUUACAUAUACAUUUUUAUUUAUACAUUUAUACAUGUUUCGCUUAAAUAAUUUUACACAUAUUUAUAUACAUACCUAAUUAUUUUAAAUCAAAAUGUACUUUAUGUUAUGUUAAAGACUAAAUGAAAACUUCUUGGUGUUUUUAGUUUUAAGAUUAUACAUUGAAAAUAAAUCUUCAUAUGGUAAUAUCAGUUAGCAUUAAAAUCGAAAGUUAUAAAUAAUAAAAUGCCAAAGAUAAAAG